AUGCUGGGGUGCACGCGGUCGUCGCUCAACGUGGUGGCGUCCGAGAAGGGCGUGGUCGUGGGGCGGCUGCAGUUCACGGAGGACGGCGACGAGAUCGACUGCUCGCGCAUGGGCGUCGGCGGCAAGGCGAUCCCGCCGCACAUCGACAAGGUCGACAACCUGCGCAGCACCGCCAAGUUCGUGCUGCUCGUGGAGAAGGACGCGGCCUUCAUGCGGCUCGCGGAGGACCGCUUCUACCAGGACUACCCGUGCAUCAUCAUGACGGCCAAGGGGCAGCCGGACGUGGCCUCGCGGCUGUUUCUGAAGAAGCUGAAGACCACGCUCAAGAUACCGGUGCUGGCGCUGGUGGACUCGGACCCGUACGGGCUGAAGAUCCUCUCCGUGUACAUGAAGGGGUCGAUGAACAUGUCGUACGACUCGUCCAACCUGACCACGCCGGACAUCAAGUGGCUGGGCGUGCGGCCCUCGGACCUGGACGCCUUCAACAUCCCGCAGCAGUGCCGGCUGCCGAUGACCGACGAGGACGUGCGCACGGGGAAGAAGAUGCUCGAGGAGGACUGGAUCAAGUGCAACCCGGACUGGGUGCGCGAGCUCGAGAUCAUGUGCCAGUCGGGCGAGAAGGCCGAGAUCCAGGCGCUGAGCUCCUUCGGGUUCCAGUACCUCAGCCAGGUCUACCUCCCGCUCAAACUGCAGCAGGGGGACUGGAUCUGA